AUGGCGUCCCACAAACGCCCGGCCAUUCACGAUGACGACGAUGACAGCGAAACUGGUCAAGAGCCAUCGCCACCCCGCCGCUCCUCUAACAAGAGAAGGCGGACGAGCGACGAGUCUUCGGUGCCCCGUGAUACUUCGAGCGAUCGAGCCGAUUCCGAAGACGCCAGCACUCCUCCUUCCGAGAUCAGUUCCGAUGGCGACGAAGAAGACGACGAGGCUUUGCUCUUAGCCACCCAGGCCAUCGAGGCCAGAAGCAGAGAAGGCGUGGACAAUGAGCCCGCGGAGUACGGGAUUCUGGAGGGAGUCCAGCUCAAGAACUUCAUGUGUCACGAGGACAUGAGUUACGAGCUUGGCCCACUGAUCAACUUCAUCUGCGGCAAAAAUGGUAGCGGAAAGAGUGCGAUCCUGACAGCCAUCGUCCUGUGUCUAGGAGGGAAGGCUUCAGCAACGAAUCGAGGUGCCCGCCUCCAAAAUUUCAUCAAGGAAGGAACAGACCACGCUACCAUCAUCUGCAGGCUAAAAAACCAAGGUGAAAAUGCAUACAUGCCCGAGGUGUAUGGGAAGACAAUUCAAGUGGAACGCCAUAUCUCGCGCACUGGUAGCACUGGGUUCAAGCUGAAGUCGGAAAAAGGCCGCAUCAUCUCUACACGAAAGUCUGACCUUGAAGAAAUUUGCGAUCAUAUGAUGUUGCAAAUCGAAAACCCCAUGGCGGUCCUGUCGCAAGACCAGGCGCGUCAGUUCAUUGCCAGCUCGAGUCCUGUGGAAAAGUACAAGUUCUUUAUGAAGGGCGUUCAACUUGAACAGCUUGAUCAGGACUACCGACUCAUCGAAGAGCAGCUCGACAAUAUCAGUGCAAAGAUCGCCGCCAGAGCCCCAGAUCUGAAAGUCCUCAAAGGGAAAGCCGACAGCGCGGCGAACAAGCUUGCACUAUCCGAUCGAUAUGAGGCUAUGCGUGACAGGCUGCGAGACUAUCGCCGACAGCUGACAUGGGCCCAAGUCGCGAUUCAGGAGGACAUUCGAGAUGAGUAUGUCAAAGAGCUUCGGGAGGCGGAUGCCAAGAUUGCGGCCGCAGAAGCCAAGGCUGAAGAGCUCGACGCCGCCUACCAGGAAGCCGAUGCAGUUGCAGCUGCCGCAACGGAGAGGUAUAACACAGCAAAUACAGCUAUUCAACGCCUCAAAGACGAGAAGAACGAGCUGCAGGCGCAACAGCAGGAUCUGAAGAAGGACUAUUCGGGAGUGGCGGCCGAGCAACGACAGAUCCGCGACGCCUUGGUCAGUGCUGACAGAACCAUCACACAGCAGAAGGUAGCUAUCGAACAAGAGGUGCAAAGGCUGGCCGAGCUCGAUGGGGGAGGAGCUGCUCGCCGCAUCAACGAACUCGACGAGGCUAAAGAAGCAGUUAGAAGAGCGGAAGGGGAGUUGCAGGAUCACCUGGACCAAAGACAAACACUCGUUGAGGAAAUUGAGAGAAUGCAAAGGCUCGAGAGCGAAACUGGAGAAGCGAAGAAGAACGAGGAACGGAGAGUUACCGACUUGGACAACAACCUCAAGCGCCUGGUAGAGAACCGCAACUCUCAAGACGUCGCUUUUCACCCCAAAAUGCAUGAACUUUUACGAGCCUUGCGCCAGGAAAAAGGGUUUCAGGACGCUCCUGUGGGACCUCUAGGGAAGCAUGUUAAGUUGUUGAAACCGGAUUGGUCUUCAAUCUUGGAGAAGUCCUUCGGCAGCGCACUUUCGGGAUUCAUAGUGAGCAGCAAGCGGGACGAAAAUCUAUUGAGCAGCAUCAUGCGACGGACUCAGUGUGUUCUGCCUAUCUUCAUUGCAAACAGCCUCCCACUAAACAUCGGGCCACAUCUUCCGGAUUCCCGAUUCGACACUGUCUUGAGUGUGUUGGAAAUCGACAACGAGGCCGUCAGGAAACAGCUCGUGAUCUCCAACCAGAUUGAGCAGAGCAUCCUCAUUCCAGAUAUGACCGAAGCGUCGAAAGCACUCUAUUCAGAGGCGUCGCCUCUGCGCAAUGUUAAACGGUGCUAUUGCUUCAGCCCAGGCAGCAAGGUGAAAGGCGCUGUCUUGUCUUAUCGAAACGGCCGGGCAGCGCAAGACCCGGUACACGAAUUUAUCGGUAAUCCAAGGAUGAGGACGGAUAUUGACGAAGCAAUCAAACGGCAACAAGAUGUACUUGCUGACUGCAAAGCCCAGCGUCUACGUGCAGAGCACGAACACCGCAGUGCCCAGGAUCGGCAUAUCAAAGCAAAACAGGCCCUCAAGCGGCAUGGCGCCAGAAAGAGAGAACUUGAAAUCGCAGCACAGCAAGCGGAAGACAAUGUCGAACGGUUGAAGGAGGCCAUCAAGGACGACAGCGUUGAAGGUGGAAAGCUUGAAGCCUUGCGCCAGUCCUUAAGCGAGGCUGAGGAGCAAAAGGCCAUUCACGAGAGCUCUUUUCAAGACUCGGUCAUUGCCCUUGACGAGCAAACUAAGAGACUUCGCGAGGCGACUCUAAAGUGCAACGAAUUGGACGAGCGCAUCAAAGAGGCUGAAGCUAUCGCCGAUAAGGCCCAGUCAGCCGCUCAGAAGGCCAGCAAGAAACGUGCGCAUGAGCUGCAUGAGAAAAAUAGGGCUAUUGCUAUGAUCGAAGACGCACGAGCCGACCGUGGCGCGCUGGAACGGAAGAUGCAGGAAAUGGAUGAAAAGAUUGCGAGCUUCCAAGACCAAGCACGGCAGGUAUGCGAGCGGGUCAACCUUCCCGAAGGCGAAACAUAUGAAACCCUGAACAAGAAACAUGAGAAGCUAUCGGCAGAUUAUCGCAAGUAUCAAGCCCAGGUCGGUGAUCGGAACGACAUAGCCGCCGAGGCAUCGAAAUGUUCCAAGGCAUACAAGGCGGCUGAGAGCGAAAUGAGUUCGUUGGAAUCUCUGCAAGCGCAACUGACAAGGUCCCUGGCAGAGCGAAGAAGGCGAUGGGUGCUAUUCAGAGGUCAUAUUACAGCUAGAUCAAGGGCAGGGUUUAUUCACAAGCUCAGCGAGAGGGGCUUCCGUGGAAGGCUCCACAUCGAUCACAGAAAGAAGGAGAUGGACAUCGCCGUCGAGCCCGAUAUUACGAGACGUGACGGAACCGGGCGGAGCGCGAAGACUCUGUCUGGUGGAGAGAAGUCAUUUUCCCAGAUCUGUCUGUUGCUCUCGAUUUGGGAUGCGAUGGGUGUCCCGAUUCGAUGUCUCGACGAAUUCGACGUUUUCAUGGAUGCGGUCAACAGGACCACCAGUGUCAACUUGUUGAUCGAUGGAGCCAGGCACAGCAGUGGCGGGCAAUUCAUUCUUAUCAGCCCAGGCACCAAAUCUGACAUCAAAAGAGCUCCAGAUGUCUGCGCUAUUGAGGUUGCUCCCCCAGAAAGGGGCCAAACCAGGCUGGUACUUGCUCCAGCAUGA